GUUAAACAGGACCAAUAAACGGAGGAAUUGGUAUUCCUAUUAUUUAUUUGCCUUCUUUCUUUCCAGGAAUGGCCCAAUAAAAAAGUCUAUUGUUCGUCCACCGCGGAAGAUGCCAUCGCCAGAACCACGCGCCAACCGGCCAGCCGUGGAGAAGCCUGACCCCUCCACCUCCACUCCGCUGCCCACCCACCUCUAGUCAGGGCGCGUACAGUGCUGCUGCCCGCUGGUGCCGCUUGCUCGCUCUCGCCUGUUUUUACUUUUUACUUUUUAUUUUUUUUUUAUUUUUGGGUCGCAGAAGAUUACCUGUGCUCGACACAUGGAAACUUUAAACAGUCAUGAGUAUUGUCAUUUCCCAACGGGGCAUUGUCCCGACCACUUGGGUUAGAGUUUGGCAACAGUUAUUAUAUAUACCCUGGUUUUGUCCCCCCCCGUUGCUAAUCGCCAUCAUUCUUCAAAGAUCCUUUCUUCUUUGCUUUAUCAAACCAUUUCCUACUACUUGUCUCUUUUCUUUGCUACAAAGAAGAGAUCUACGACCCACGGACAUUUGUGUUUGCCCACCAAUCCCACUAGUGGCAUCCCACCCCCUCCUCAUUCUUCACCGUCUAUACGACAACACGCCUGUGUUCUACCAUUUUCCUCCCUAGCUUGGACGCCUUUUUCCUUUUCCGUCCACAUCUCACAACAGGGAUUCCCCAAGAGCCCCUCCCCUCCACAGCCUCCGAAAACCAUCGACGCUUGACAGCGCAUCCGGUACCACCCAAGGCCACCCUAUCAAUUCAAUUUUUUUUUCCUUUUUUUUGUACUACUAAGGAUCUCCACUUCGGCAGCAAAACAACGCUAGGACAAUCGCGCAUUUGCAUUGUGUUAGCCCAGCCACCCCUCCUCUUCACCCCUAGGCCUAUAUACAUGAGCACGCCUCCUACCUCCACCUCCUCCCACAAUACAAAUAUGCUAUCUGUUGCUCCCUCUGAGCCCCAGCAUCAUUAUCGAGUCCCAUAUCUCCCUCCUCCUACUUCUUCUCCUCUCUACCGCCAGACAAUGCCUCACCGUGUCUCCAUCUCCGAGCCCAAGGAGAUGCCAUCCUCUGUCACCCAGGCUUUGGAGGUAGCUCGUGAGAGUGCUGAUGGCGCCUCGGAUCCCACCAUCUGCAAGAUCCUCGACAAUGCCGUCGAAGGCAUCUGGGGAAAGAUCAAUGCAAAGCCCAACGACUACGUCAUGACCAGAGAUGAGUUUGCCGUCUUCAACUACUACCAGCGCGACUUUAGAGGCAACAAAAUCGCCGUCGACGCAAAGAAGCGCUACUGGGACAACUUGCGCGCCUAAAGAGCGCCUUAUCUACGUCUUUUUGUCCACAGAAGCCAAGCAUUGAAUUCUUCCCCCCAGCAAAAAAAAAGGUCCAGGAAAGCGACUUGAGGGAUCAUUAUACCACACGGGCAUUGGAGCGACACCUUUCUUCCUCUUUUUUGAAUCGCCCAUUUAUCAUCAGCAUGAGGUUAUUUGCCGCUUUAUUUUUUUUCUUCGACUUGCUUCUUCUUCAAUUUCUCUUCCUUCAUAAUUUUACGAACAUAGACUGUACAAUAGCGCCUUCUUGUCUACUUUAGCCAUUAAUGACCAAUGGAAAUGAAAUGAAUUGCAAAAUCUUCUACACUAAGCACAUUGUACUGAACCAAUCUCGACGUGACAAGCUGCAUCCUGCCGACGUAAAAUACACUGUGGCUGAAUUUUGAGUUGUAGCU